AUGGACGGUGAAAGUGAUGGCUAUGAUGAGAUAGACGAAACCGUCAGAGAAAAUAUCAACUAUAAUGUCCUCCAUAGUUUCGUCAACGGACUUUCGCCCGACUUAUUAAUUAAAGUCAAAUUGAACGGAGCCUAUACACUCGAAGAACGUUCCAACUGCAAGCGGCGUCCACCGGAACGACAAUCAGACGGGACGCCCUUCUCUUCUCCCGUGCGCACCAGUUACUACAGUGCGACCUCAAAGCCUGACCUCUGUCUUAUCACCCGUGCCGGAGGAAUAGGCAUAAAAGCAAAACCACACGCUCUUCCCACGAUUAUUCUCUCAUCUCCAGACCUCAAAGAAGAUUGUCUUUUUAUGAUUGAUUCGGGAUCUGGAGUAAAUCUCAUAAAAAGUAAAUGUCUCAAUCCAGACAUUAAAGCAUGUAAGGAAGAUAUCCUGGCCCUUCAAGGACUAUCUACGGAAACAACGCCUACUCUGGGUUCUGUUAAGAAUUUUCUCGUGAAAUGUGGCUAUUGUAAACAAACCUGUUUAAAUAAAGAAGCUGCCCAACAUUUAUGUAUUCGAGAAUUUGACGAAUUUUUUGUUGAUCCAGAUACAUAUAAAUUUUGGGCAUACGAUGGUAAUGAAAUUGUUUCUGAAUUAUCUGACGAGCAUUUUGCUCGAUUAGAAAAUAUUGCUAAUAAGGAAAAUGCCAGUAUUAAUAUCAACCAAAGUAUCUCCAAUAAAAAGUAA